CCUGCUUCCUCAUCACUCCUACUUAAGGCUUCCUACCCAUCAUUCAUCUCAUCCUCUCUUCCUAUCACUCAUAAACGCAAAAUCAUCUCCUGAGAUCUUCAAAAGUCUCUCUCUCAGUCCGUUCGUGAUAUCUUCUACUUACUACACUACUUCAUAAGAAACCGCAAUCAUGCAGAUCUUCGUCAAGACCCUCACCGGAAAGACCAUCACUCUUGAGGUCGAAUCCAGUGAUACGAUCGACAACGUCAAGUCCAAGAUCCAGGACAAGGAAGGAAUUCCUCCUGAUCAGCAGCGUCUUAUCUUCGCAGGAAAGCAACUUGAAGAUGGCCGCACCCUGAGCGACUACAAUAUCCAAAAAGAAUCAACCCUCCAUCUUGUCCUCCGUCUCCGUGGUGGUAUGCAAAUUUUCGUCAAGACCCUGACCGGCAAGACCAUCACCCUCGAGGUUGAAUCGUCUGAUACCAUCGACAAUGUAAAGAGCAAGAUUCAGGACAAGGAGGGCAUUCCUCCCGACCAGCAACGCUUGAUCUUUGCAGGCAAACAAUUAGAAGAUGGCCGCACUCUUUCAGACUACAACAUUCAGAAAGAGUCCACCCUUCACCUUGUCCUCCGUCUUCGCGGCGGUAUGCAAAUCUUUGUCAAGACCCUUACGGGCAAAACUAUCACACUGGAAGUCGAAUCCUCUGACACCAUUGACAAUGUGAAGAGCAAAAUUCAAGACAAAGAGGGUAUCCCCCCGGAUCAGCAACGAUUGAUCUUCGCAGGCAAGCAACUAGAAGACGGUCGAACUCUCUCAGAUUACAACAUCCAGAAGGAAUCCACUCUUCAUCUCGUCCUGAGAUUACGAGGUGGUAUGCAGAUCUUCGUCAAGACUUUGACUGGAAAGACAAUUACCCUUGAAGUUGAGUCGUCGGACACUAUCGACAACGUCAAGAGCAAAAUCCAAGACAAGGAGGGUAUUCCACCUGACCAACAGCGAUUGAUCUUUGCAGGCAAGCAGUUGGAGGAUGGCCGGACGCUGUCUGACUACAACAUCCAAAAGGAAAGCACUCUGCACUUGGUGCUAAGACUUCGUGGUGGUCAGUAAACAUCCACCAGUUUUAUGCAUAUUCUCUCUUACGACAUGAAUUAUGGGCGCCCUUUCCUUUGGUUGUAUGGUAUGGAGACUGCAAGCAGUCAUGACACGAGAUCUUGAUACGUGGUUUGCAUAGUCGACAUUGCUGGUGACGCGACCAGGCAAUGAGUAGUAGAUUAGAGAAUGCAAAAUACAAUCACUGCUUCUCGAUA